GGUGGGUGGAUCAGGACCCAAAAACAAACAUUGCCUCAGGCUGUGCCACUCUGUACCUGUGUGUGGACUGCCUGCAGUUCACUUUAGGCUCCUCUCAGAUAGCCUCUCUCAACCUUUCAGCACCUUCUCUUCUCCUCAACCUGCAGCCAUGAGGACCACGGUGCUCGCUGUUGUCAUGGUGAUGUGUGUGAUGAUGGUGGCCGCAGAUGUGAAGCCACAGCGAGACUUCAACCUGCAGAGGUUUGCAGGGAAAUGGUACCGUGUGGGUCUGGCCUAUGACUCUCCAAGUUUUGCCCCCUACAGAGACAUGGUGAAGGCGUCUAUGGGCAUCAUCAAAGCGCUGCCCAACGGCAAUGCUAACCUCACCAUGUGGGAAGCCAGGCCUGGGGACUGUCGGAGUCACUCGUACCACUAUGAGGCGACCGGCGUUCCUGGACAGUUCACCUACUUCAGCCAACGCCAUGGCAUUGUGAAGGACGUCACAGUGGUGGACACAAACUACAAUGAAUACGCUGUGGUUCUCAAACACAAGGUUUUCAACAGGGAGUACACACAGGUUUCACUUUACGGUCGUUCCCUAAAAAUGAAGACCGAUAUCAUUCAGAGGUUUAAGGGCUUCGCCUUGUCCCAAGGUUUAUCUAGAGAAUCUAUUCUGAUUCCUCCUCCAGCAGAAAACUGCCCACCAUCUGGAUCUGGACGUUAGGUCGCUCUGUUUCUUUUGAAAACCAAAGGCAGUUCAUUUCAGAUUCACGUGUGUGUGUGUAUGUGUGUGUGAGUUUCUGUUUCUGCCUCCAGGUUCCCUGAUGCACCUGAGAUCGAGUGUUUUCUGCUGCAGACCUGUACUUUUUCCUCAGCCUUUACUCUGAAGUACAGAAAAG